ACCAAUGAAGUGGAAAAUCUUAAGGUAGAGGGCGGUGUUGACUUUGUGCCUGCUUUGAAAUCCCCAGGAUGGCCAAAAGUUGCGCAAGAAUGGACGGCAAGAGAACGUAAAUGGCCGUCCCAAGACGUGGUAGACAAAAUUGUCCAGGAAGGGUUUCAUUUGGUGGUAAAGCCUUCAAAGACGAAUGUCAAGAAAGAUCGCGACUUUAGAUUAUCGUUUGGUCAUGCUGAGUAUCUCUUAAGCCAAGAGAUGAACAACGUACAGCGUGAAUGCUAUCGUUGCCUGAAGAAAUAUCAUCGGGCUUAUCUUCAAACUACCCAAAAAGGUUUAGUGUCAUUCCACCUAAAGAAUCUUUUUCUGCGAACACUAGAAGAAACAGGCACUGAAAUGUGGACCGACGAAAACAGAGCCGAGUGCAUGAAGAAGGUCCUUGCAAACCUACUAAAAGCCCUAGAAAAGAAAGAUUUGAGACAUUUUUUUGUAGGAUCUUACAACUUAUUUUGCGUUGACUACAUAACAAACCCUGAGAUUCUGGAAUCAGUAGCGGAUAUAGUUGUACAGCUCUUGGAGAAUCCAAUACAAAUGGCAAAGAAGUUGAUUCAGGCCACGCCAAACGAAAAUCCAAGACAUGUUGUAAAGCAACCACGCGUACCAGCUAACAAGCAAACACCGCCUAUCCAACCCGAAACUACCACAGCUAGCCAAGAGCCUUGUGGGAAGGUCAAGAAGUCUCCAUUCACCGCAGGCACUACCCAGAGAGAGCAGCGGAAAGAGAGUCCUCAAGGAAAUGGUCCAUCAAAAGUCUACCGACUCCACGAGCUAAGGGAGGAGUACCUGGCCAUCAGCAAAGAGUUAACCGAUAAAGCCUUCAACGAGGAUGAAAGCAACGGGCUGAUUGAAUCUCUUGACCCUCAGGAAAAAACCCUAGUGUACGAUCUUAGGGAAAUGAGAAAAAAACACAAAGUCCAUAUCGAUACAAUGUAUAAAAUGUUCGACAAUGCGUGGCUGGUGGUCUCCUGGAAGGUUUGGUUUAGCAAUGAACCAAUAAAAAGGCGCCGCGUGCUUCUUGGCAUUACGGGUGUGAUUGAACUGUAUAAGUAUUUGUUGAGGCAGGACGACUUUGGACCAGGGAAUGAACAAGCUCUGAUCAGCAGAUUACUUAAUCCUGAUGCUGAAGAUCCUUUCGAUGUGAGUCAUCUAAUGCCUGUAAAACCAGUGGAACAAAUUUUUAGUAGAUUGUGCUUCAAACUAGAGUCACAUCAAGCUAAAUCAGAAGCCAACGAUAUGCCAUUAGAUUGACAUGCUCAUUGCGAUGGAUAGCAAGUUUAUCAUGAGCCUUAUAUAAAUUAAUCAUAUUGUAGACUUAAGGACAACUGAUAUAACUGAGAUUUCAAGUCACAAAGUUAGGUGAAAUACGAGCAACUAAAUUGAAUUUACCCAAGUGCUUAUAUAAAAGAAAAUAAAACAUAUACCUUAAGAUGUCUCAAGCAAACCAAACAGUAGAACGUAUUUGUUUUAAGACACCUAAGGAGGAUUUUCUUUACCAUUUCUUCAACCACUUUUAUAUUUCUAAUUCUUCGGAGGAGAAAGAAAGCAAAAAAAUGAGCUUUCCCUUCGAAAGUAAACUCAAAAGGAAGCUAAUAUUGUUAGACGUUUGGACCAAGUUAAGCUGAAACUUACUAAAAGAAAACUGAGUUAGUAUUUGGAAGUAACAUUUUAUGACAAUCACUCAAAACAGUCUUAUUUUUUAAAUUAAAGUGUCCUUAUAUGAGUCUCCUCGGAAAAUGUUGGCUAACCGUUGACCAAGAGGCCUGAGAAACCCUAGGUACAAAGCAGUUGACGUUUUUUCUAGAAUCCUUUACUUCGUCCAACCUCGUCCCCAGGGCUUUUCCCUUGAAAAAUGGGUGGGGCGGGAAAAGGCCCACCCAUUUUUGAAGGGAAAAGCACUGGGGACGAGGUUGUACUUCGUCAUCUCUAUCAUUUAGACAUAAAGCAAAGUUUUUCACGGUUCAGCGCAUGUUUAUUAAUCAAAAUGCUGUUUCUCUACCGGGACAUUCUGUAUCGUCUAUGCAAGCAAUAUGAUCAGGUCAUAAUGUUGUUAAAGAACCAAUCUGGACACUCCCCUUGCAAGUCACUUCAUCAACUUAUGUGCAAAUAGCUGUAAAUUCAUCAACCAUGGAAUAAAACCUUCGGGUCAACAAUAAAUUCAACAUUGGCAGUGUUGGCAUAAUCCACUAAUUUUUUCUGAGAUUUUAGUACUUUUGUAUACUUAACUUAAACAAAUCAUAGGAAACAAGGUUUAAAUUGAAAAAUAAGGUGACUGUAUCGCUCUAAACAACUUUUCAGUCUAUCCUAUGCAACUGCAUGUCAGGGGAAAGUCCCUUUUUCGUCUAAAUUCUGUGAUUAAACUUGAGUAAAAGUUGCUGUUAUUGGUCUAGUGGUUUGGAUAAAGCUUAUGUAAAGAAAUCUGCAGAUUCCUCGAACAAAACUGUAACCAGAGCUAACGAGAGUAAUCUGUUUGUUUUUUUGAAACUGACGGCAGUGAGCCCUGCAGCCAGUACACUUUGAACGUUUGCGUAGUCAAAGACGGAACUGGGACUCCUUUGGUGAGACAUGUUUGACUUCUCAGGGUUUUGAAAGAUGUAAAAAUAUCAGAAACAUUACCCCCAGUGUUCGUGGCUUCAAAAAAGGUGAUCCCUAAAAAAGGGAUGAAAAAAAAUAAAAAUGUGUCACUUACGAUUUAAAACAAGCAUGACGUUUUCGUUUUGAAACGUCAUCACGCUUGAUUGCCCGAGAGAUCAUUGACAAACCCGGAAAUGUUCUAAGAAACCGAAAGUGCCAGUUCUUUGAAAUUUCCCUGUUUUUAGUGGUUGUAAACUCUUAAUGGUUUCACUUUGCUUAACAUUUGUGCUUUGAAUAAUGGCGGCGAAAGGCACCCAAGAGCAGGAUUCAAAUCCUCAGGAUCUAAACUUGAUUUACAAGUCUCUGGGAGAAUUAGAUAGCGAAGGUGAAAAGUGGAAGGAAUACGCAGAAAAUGUUACAAGCUUUAUUCUUGAAAACCUAUCAAAGAUUCUGGGCAAAACAACUGAGAAUCGCGUCAUGUUUCGACCAUAUGGAAGCGCUGCCGAAGAUUUAAAAUGUCAAGACCCCAACGACUUAGGAGACGUGGAUAUUGUCAUAUUUCCGACUGCAGAUAACUUAGCGAUCGACGAAGAACUGAUCGAAUAUUUACCAGAUAAUGUGAUGCACGUCAGAAUUAAGGGAGCCGGACACCCUGUGUUGCAAUCCUGCCUUGUAGAAGACACUGAAUACGUGGCCACCUCGGCAUUAAAGAAUUUUCAUCCAGCAAUUUAUGGAAGCGCAUCGCCUCACAUAGUCGACUUCGUUAGUAACAUGAUUCAGGUAAUAUCGCGACGGGAGUUUACACCUGCUUUACAAUUCACUUGCGAAUUAAAAAACAAAACGACCAGCCCCGCUAUUACCUUAAACUUCGCCCAAUCAUUUGGCUCUAUGUUGGAAGAAUUAGAGCAGAUGAAAGACGACAAAAAUCGUCCCACUCUUGACGCAAGCGUUUUGGAGUUUUUCGCCCAAUGGUUUUGUGACGAGAGAGGAGUAGACUACACCAGGGAACACGUCGAAGCUGUAAAUGAUCUUCUAAAACUUUUUAAAGACUUGAACGUUUCUGUUAGAGAACGUGGCUUGAGUGGGGAUCCCAAAUUUUUCCGCACUAUGAUACAAGAGAUUGUCUCCAGCGACAGGACUUGGGAAAUCAGAGCCCGAAUUCGAGAUGCGGAAAGCCGAUCAGGAAGUGAGACCGAAAGAAAGAAAGAUUUGUCGGCGGAAGCUACAUUGGAUGACGUGACUCAUCAAAAUGUCACAGCAAAACAUUUCCGAGAAAGUGAGGGAAGAAGUGGGGAGGAAAAUGUCUCACAAGUUAAGUUUCCCUCUUCUGAAAGGCCCGACAACAAAGAAACCAAUGAAACAACGGAAGAGAAUGCACUUGCUCAGAAUGAGUCAACAGAACGGGGUCUAUCAGAGUGGUCGGUGCAUCCAGAUCAAUCUGCAGGGAAAUUAGAGAGAAAUACCUUAACGCAACGAGAGAUAUAUAACCGCUGGUUUAAACAUGUUUUUAGCCAAGUAACAGAAAAAGAGGAGGAGGCUUGCUUCACUGAAAAAGCACAGAGAUACAAGCGAAUUGGCGGAUUCGAUUUUGUACCCGCUUUCCGAUGUAACGGGUGGCCCAAGGUAGCGCGAGAAUGGAUCAAGAGAGAACGUAAAUGGCCUUUUCCUGAUGUGGUCCACAAAAUCCUUCAAGAAGGGUAUCACUUGGUAGUGAAGCCUCCAAAAAAUGGCAACAGAGAAUGCGACUUCCGAAUCUCAUUUGCCCAUGCAGAAUACCUGCUUAGCCAAGAGUUAAACAGCAUUCAGCGCGAAUGCUAUCGAUGCCUGAAGAGACAUUAUCGAGCGUUACUUUCUACUCAGCCUAAGAGUUUGGUGACAUUUCAUCUAAAGAACCUUUUUCUACAAACAAUUGAAGAAACUGGAACAGAGAUGUGGACCGAAGCCAACAGAGGGAAGUGUAUGUUGAAACUCUUUGAGAACCUCUUGCAGGCAAUGACAAAGAAAGUUUUGCCACACUUCUUUGUGAGAUCCUACAACCUCUUUUGUGGUGAUUACAUUGAAAGGCCUGAGGUUCUUGACUCUUUGGCACAGAAAGUUGAACAGAUCAUGAAGAGCCCUAUACAAUUUGCCAAAGCUUUGAUUCAAGAGCAAAACCCAAAGACAACAGGACAGGUUAAAAAGGAAGAAAGUAUUGCAAGAAACGAGCUGGCACGGCGUCCCAUCAACCAAGACCACAAUGCAAGGGAAGACGCGGCUCUCUCUACGCCGUCUUACGAUAAGGAAAAAUGGUAUCGCUAUCAUGACCUCAAAGACAAUUUCUUCACCGUUUGCGAAGAGGUGAUCGACAAGGUAUUCAGUGAUGAUGAUUGGCAGGGAGAAACUCUCGACCCUUUGGAAAAGUCCUUAGUAGAAGACCUGAAGGAAAUUGCAAGCUCCCAAGGAGUAAAUGCUGAAGAGUACCGCAGAAUGUUUCAAACGAUGUGGGACUCAAUUUAUCACAAGGUUUGGUUCGACACUGACCCGAACAUAAGACGUCGAAUACUUCAUGGAAUGCAAGGGCUAGUUGAAAUGUGGAAAUACAUUUUGAAGCAG